AUGGAUUUCGAAAACGAAUCCAUCAAGCGCAAACACAAGUCUUCCUCUGAAGAGGAAUGCGACUCUUCAACUGAGGAAUCAGAUUCCUACGAAUCGGACGAUGGAGAAGAAGAAGAAGAGGAGGAAGAAGAAGAUAACGAAGCCCCUUCAUCGGAUGCCGGCAUUUCAAAAGAGGCACUUGAACAACUAAUGGAAGAACUUAAAACUCAGAGGGAGUUAAUCAAAAACCUCCAAGAUGAGCUUCGAAUUGCAAAAGCAGAAGGACAAAUGAACAAGAUAACCCCUCCAACCAACUCAAAACUGGCUAACAAUCAAGACCUGGAGUUCCCUACACUGGAACCAGUAAGGCGCCCAAAACCAAUAAGCCCGGCAAAGACAUCGAAGCCAACCACCGGAUCGACCCCAAAGAAAACUACCAACACAACUACCUCAAAAACAGGAACUACAGCCACCGGAUCAUCUUCCAGUGACACGAUCAAAAAUCUUCCAAUCAUUGUACUUUACAACGAAAAUGCUAAGAAAAUGAUAUACUUCUUCUGGGAUCUGGUGCAUCCGCUCACCGAGCCAACACAGAAAUGA